CAAAAUAUCAUCGUUAUAAAUGCUUAUUGUGUACUAAGAAUUAAUUAGAAAUAUGAAUAGAUUUGUUUAGUAGCAGUAAAUAGAUAGAUAAAGAAUAAAAUUAAAUUUGUAUAGAUUAGCUAUUAGAAAUAUUCCGCUAAAUUAUAUUAUAUUAAAAGAUAUAUAAACUACAUAUCGAAUAAAAAACAUGGGCGAUAUAGAUGAGCUCUUUGGAGCCUUCGAAGAAGAAGUAACUGAAUAGUCAGUUUAAGUAGAUUUGAAUGCCAAAAGAAAGUUAGUUGAAUCUUAGGAAAAUGGCAAUUCAGAAGAAUAGUAUGAAGAAAUCUCUAAAAAACAAAAGAAAGAUACUGAUGAAAAUAUUGAUGAAAAGAUUUAUCCAGAUACAUUUGUUGAAGAAGUAGAUCCAAAUUUAGACGCAGAUGAAGCAAAUGACGAAAAACAAAAAAUGUACAAUGUUGAACAUUUUGAGAUAAAAAAUGACAAGGGAAAGAUUGAAAAUUGCUGGCACGAAGUGUUUUAUCCAGAAGGAUAUGAGUUUAAGCCCAAACCAAAGAGGCCAGCUGCCAAAGAGUAUCCUUUUAAGUUGGAUCAUUUCUAGAGAAAGGCAGUAAAUUGCAUAGAGUGUAAUGAAUCAGUUUUAGUAGCAGCCCACACUUCAGCAGGUAAAACCGCUGUUGCUGAAUAUGCUAUUGCCCAAUCUCUUAGAGACAAACAAAAAGUCAUUUAUACAUCUCCCAUUAAGGCAUUAUCAAAUUAAAAGUACAGAGAAUUAUAAAAGGAAUUUAAAGAUGUAGGUUUAGUCACUGGUGAUGUUAGUAUUAAUUAAACUGCUAGUUGCUUAGUUAUGACUACUGAAAUUCUUAGAUCUAUGCUUUAUAGAGGUUCUGAAAUCACAAGAGAAGUUGCUUGGGUUAUUUUCGAUGAAGUGCAUUAUAUGAGAGAUAAGGAAAGAGGUGUUGUUUGGGAAGAAACAAUGAUUCUUUUAAAUUAAAAUGUUAGAUAUGUUUUCCUUUCUGCUACUAUUCCAAAUGCAGCUGAAUUUGCAGAGUGGAUUUGCCGUAUCAAGAAGUAGCCUUGUCAUGUAGUUUACACUGAUUACAGACCUGUUCCUCUCUAGCAUUUUAUUUUCCCUACUGGAGGUGAAGGUAUUUACUUGAUAGUAGAUCAUAAGGGCACAUUUAGAGAAGACAAUUUUUAGAAGGCAUUAAGUGUAAUGGGAGAUAAUAUAGAUUUAACAAAUACAGAUAAGAAAAAGAGAAAGAAACCCACAGAAGGAGCUGAAUUAAAUAAAAUAUUGAAGUUAAUAUCUACAAAGAAUCUUGAACCUGCUAUUGUUUUCUCUUUCUCUAAGAGAGAUGUUGAAAGUUACGCUAAAGCAAUGAAUAAUAUGGAUCUUACCACUUAAGAUGAAAAAGAAAAAAUUGAUAGCGUUUUUUAGAGUGCUAUUUCAUAGCUUGCAGAAGAAGAUUAAAAGUUACCUUAAAUUACUUAGAUUCUUCCCAUUUUGAAAAGAGGUAUUGGUAUGCAUCAUGGUGGUUUGUUGCCUAUCGUAAAAGAAAUUAUUGAAAUUUUGUUCUAGUAGGGUUGGUUGAAGAUUUUAUUCUCAACUGAAACAUUUUCUAUGGGUCUUAAUAUGCCUGCUCGUACUGUCGUCUUUACUUCAGUUCGUAAGUUCGAUGGUGAAGAUUUUAGAUGGAUAUAAGGUGGUGAAUAUAUUUAAAUGUCAGGUAGAGCUGGUAGAAGAGGCAAAGAUGACAAAGGUUUUACUAUUUUGAUGGUUGAUUAGAAGAUGGAACCCGAAGUUGCUAAGGGUAUGCUUAAGGGUUAAGCUGAUCCUUUGAAUUCUUCUUUCCAUUUGUGUUAUAAUAUGCUUAUAAAUUCUAUGCGUUUAGAAGAUAACGAUCCUGAGUAUAUUAUCAGACGUUCCUUACAUUAAUUCUAGAAUGACAAACAAUUACCAUAAAUGAAAGAAAAGUACAAUGAAUUAGUUUAAAAGAAAGAAAGCCUUAGCAUUUAAAAUGAAAGCUAAAUUGCUGAAAUUUGCAAAUUCAGAGAAUAAAUUAAGAUUUAUGAAGAAAAGGAAAGAAGAAUUGUUAUAUAAGAAAAGUAUGUUUUGCCAUAUCUUCACAUAGGAAGACUUAUUAGAGUUCAAUAUAAAAACUAAGAUUGGGGUUGGGGAAUUUCAAUCAACUUCCAUUAAAAGAAAGUAUAGUAAAAAAAGAAGAAGAAAUCUAAUGAAGAUGAGCCUGAAGAUAUUAUCAUUGUAGACAUCAUGUGUCAUAUAAAACCCAGACAAAACAAUGAAGAACCUAAACCUGCCUUAAUUACUGAAGAAGGUGAACUUGAGGUUAUCCCUAUGAAUCUCUCCACAAUUACCGAAAUUAGUAGCAUAAAGCUAGACUUGCCAAGCAGAUUAGACACACUUGAAAAUAAGCUACUCAUUAAAGAAACCUUGAAGGAGAUUAGAAAGUAAUUCCCUGAAGUUCCAAAAAUUCACCCAAUCAAGGAUAUGAAAAUCUUGAAUGAUGAGUUAAUUAGAGUUUUAGAUAAGAAAGAAAAGCUUAAAGAAUCUAUGGAAAAGGAGAUGUAAAAAUCAGAAAUUCCAAAUUUGUAAUAGUAAAUUGAAUAAUACGAGUAAAAAUAAAAACUCCACAUCUCUAUCUUAAGACUCAAAGAAGAAAUAGAAAAGAGCUAGAAAAUGGUUUUACAAGAUGAUUUAGCUUGUAUGAAGAGAGUUAUGAGAAGAUUGGGAUUCAUAAGUAAAGAUUAAAUUGUCCAAUUACCUGGUAAAGUCGCUUGUGAAGUUUCUGCAUGUGAUGAAAUAUUAGCCACUUAGUUAUUACUCUCAAAUUUCUUUAAUGAAAUGAGUCCAAACCAUAUUGCUGCCCUCCUUUCAUGCCUUGUCCACGAUGAAAAUAACUCAUAAGAAAACCAAUAAAUUCAAGAUUAAGAUUUGGCUUUAUAUUUUGAGAAGGUAGUAGAAAUAGCUAAAGGUAUAUACACUGUUAUGUAAGAAUCAAAGAUGUAAAUUGAAGAAAAAGAUUAUCUUGGAACCUUAAAGCCCUAAUUGAUGGAAGUUGUUUACAAGUGGUGCUAGGGAAGCUCCUUUGCUGAUAUCUGUAAAUUAACUAAUUGCUAUGAAGGAUCAAUUAUUAGAUGUAUGAGAAGACUUGAUGAAUUGUUAAAAUAGAUGGAAAGUGCUUGCAAAGUUAUGGGUAAUGAAAUUCUUGGAGAGAAAUUUAAAGAAGCCUCUAAGAAUCUCAAAAGAGGCAUUAUUUUUGCUGCUUCUUUAUAUGUUUGAUAAAUAAAAAUAUUUUAAAAUAAUUAACAAAAUAAUGUUUAUAUUUAUUUAUAUAAGUAUUUUCAUUAAAAAUUAUUACUAAGUUAUAAUCUC